CUAUAGGUAAUUUACCUUGCUAGGUAUGAUACUUUGACAGUUUUAAUCUAUUUGGAAACAAAUUGUCGUUCCCUUAGCAACUUCGCCAUUUUGUUUAUUAAAUAUGGCGGAUACAUAACCGAAUGACUUGAGUAUGCCAACAAGUAUGAUGCAGGUAAGCCAGCCUGUCGCCCACACCUUGGGUGGACAGACCAUCAAACAAGUGCCAGGACUGAAGUCAGUCACAAAAUCGAGUGGCCUGAAUAUUGAGGUAGUUGAACGAUCCAUGUGCAGACCUGAAGAUCUUGGACUUGAAGUAGUGGAAAAGAUUGUAUGGCAGGGCUGGGAACCAGGAAGGGAAUACACUAAGAAUAUUGUCCUUAAAAAUGUCAAGGUUAAAACACAGAAAAUCAAAUACAAUGUUCCGAGCACAAGAUUUUUCACUACAUUGUACCCAAAACAGAUAGUGCUUAGUGCAGGGACCAGCUUCUCCUUACCUGUAACAUUCCGUCCGUUAGAGAAAACAGUUUACGAUGACAAGAUUACCUUUCACACAAAGGAGGGAACGUUUGAGAUCCCAAUCAAAGCAGUGCUACCAAAAUUUGACCUUGUUGUACCAUCAAGGGUCAGUUUUGACAUGUGUGCUGCAAAGGACUUUAUCGAAGCAAAUUUUGUUGUCCAAAACUCCGGUGAUUUAGAAACAGAGAUUGAAUGGCAGGUAGGACAGCCAUUUACAAUUCAGCCAGAGGUUACCAAACUUGGACCAGGAGAAAAUAAAACAUUUAAAGCAACCUUUAAACCAGAUUCUGCCACAGGGUAUGAAGCCCAAGCUGUUUGCAAGUAUGGUCUAGAGGGGGAGCUUACAGUUUCCACAACAUUUGUUGGAAUUGGGAAGUAUCCACAUAUAAUUGUGUCAUCUGUUGGUAAACCAUCGACCACACUGAAUAAGGACACACUAGAAGCCGUGAUACAGUUUGGACCUACUGCUGUCGGUACAACAGUACAGAAAAUGGUGGAACUUCACAAUCUCUCACCUGUUCGAGCACCAUACAAAGUAGAACAUCCAUCAGCUUUGAGUCGUAUUGACACAGUGUUCACAUGCCCUAAAAUGCAGGGAGUAGUUCCACCAAUGGCUUCUGUUAAAAUUCCAAUUACAUACAACCCAAACAUGGUAGAUGUUACCAGUGUAGACUACUUCAAUGUGAUAGCUAUUGGCAAAAUCAGUAAAAGUGUUAUCAAAUGUGUGGGAUCUUCAAAAGGUCCUGAAGUACAGCUUGGUGCUAGAGUUGUUAACUUCCUACAGAUAGACGUGGGUGAAGUGGCUACAAGAACUAUAGACAUUAUCAAUGAUUCUGAUAUUGAUGCUGAAUAUCAGUUUAUGAUAGACUGUGGUGAAAGUGUGUUUAAGUUUGAGCAGACAGUAGGAACACUAAAGGCAAAGGAAAAAAGAACGCUUAUCUUGAAGUUCAUUCCACAACAUCCAAUAAAUUAUUAUAGACGGGUGGCUUGUGUCAUACACAAUAAGGGUCCAUUAUUCCUUGACCUGCUAGGAACCUGUCACUCAGAACUUGUGAAACCAGCCGUUCUUCAGAGCAAGCACCUCGAUAACUAUCGUACACAUAUCGAGAGAGGUUUCUCCGUGUAUCCUCCGGAACAACUUAACGAGCUUCGCCAGCAGGGGAGAUUGGAGCUAGAUGAUGCCGGAGCACUUAUGGCCCCAGUUAAAGAACCUUAUGAGGUAGAACCGGUGGAAAAUUUACGGUUUGAGAACAGUUACUUGAAAAAGUCAGAUAAUAGUUCUAGUGUAUUGAUUGGUACAGUUGAGAACCCAUCUGAGCACCCACUGCAUCAGUUUGCUCCUAUGGAUGAAUAUUUCAAUGAUGGUUUCCAUUCUGAUGUAAUUAAUUUCGUACCACAUGUGAGUCUGGAUGUGAAUGUUGUAGAUUUUGGUAACUGUCAGAACUUGAGGGUUAUAGAGGACAAAAUUCUCAAUCUGACCAAUCAUACUAAAGGAAAAGUCACGGUUCAGUGGAUCGGAGGGCCAGAGAAGACUUUUUCAGUGACCCCAGAGGUCAUAGAUAUUCCACCGCUUAAAUCAUGCUCAUUCCAGGUCAAAUUUAAACCAAAUGCUCCAAACCAGUUAUUUGGUGCUGAACUAGAAUGCUAUGUUUACUACAAGAGUCUAAGAGAUUAUAAACUUGUAGAAAGUACAACUCACUGCCCACCCUGGUGUCUCACACUCACAUGUGCAGGUCAUACUUUCAUGCCAAAUAACGAGACGUUCUUACCAAAGUACAGCCUUGACUCGGACAACCUCGUAUUCCCAGCAGUUAAUGCUAAAGAAUCUACCUACAGAACUAUAUUAAUGACAAACACAGGAACUACUCCUAUAUUGUUUGAUCUUGAAAAAGAUCCUUCAAAUAUAUUUUCUGUGAAGCCUGCCAAAGCCUUGAUGAAAGGCCAGAGACAAAUAUAUGUUGUGAAGAUCUCCCCGAAGGAGGUGAAAACAUACAAACACAAGAUGAAAAUGAGGCUGAAUGACAACAACAAAUACGACAAGGAAUUGAAAUUGGUGGGUUCAGCAGAGGCUCCACAGGUGUUACUGGAAACACAAGGGGAAAUGUUCUUCAAACCGACAUGUAUCGGAACCUCGUCUAAACGAACAUACAGUAUCAAGAAUGUAUCAAGAAUACCCCUUAGGUUUGAGUGGAAAUUGCGGUUUGCAGACAAGAAUCUUCUCUCGGUUUCACCAGAAUCUGGAAUCAUUCAACCAAAUGAAAGUCAGUCACAAAUCUGGUCAUUUGUUCCGAAACAAGAGCAGAAGUAUGUGAUGAAACCCGCCUUGGUUGUUUGGGGUCAGGGAUUCAGCUCCACAUCAUCUGGUGGGAAGAAGAAACAGUUUGAUGUCCGAGCUAUCGGUGAAGGCUCUAUUGGAGACAUUAAGGCAGAAGAGGCUUACCUCGACUUCGGAGAUGUGAUUGUUGGAAGUUCUGCGUCUAAACAUAUCACACUGUUCAACAACAGUAUCUGUAGUUUACACUAUAGACUGUCCAUAGACCAAACUCUCGAUGGACCGUACCCAGAGGAGAUGACUAGAUCUGAUAUGAUAGGUCUGGACCUGGAUAAGAUGGAAGGUAUUAUACCGGCAAGAUCUCGGCAGGUCAUCUCCGCCAUGGUGAGACCAGUGAGACGUGUAACAUACCAGUUUGCUAUCUCAUAUCAACUUGUCACUCCAGAAGAUAAAGACCGAUACUCCACACAAGAGCCACAGCAUUUAUGUCACAUCCUAGCAACGGGUGUUUUCCCCACCAUGUCUAUAACAGAUGCUAGAUGCUUCGGUAGUGCUGUGGGCAUCAGUAAAAAACAACUGUGGUCACUGUUUUCUCUAGACAGCCUAAAUGUUUGUUUGGACAAUGAUCCAUCAGCACGAGAGUUGAUGUACAGCGUACAGACAAGACACAGUCAUCAGCGGCGACCUCCUGUCUACACUCGUGCCAUCAUGGAUUUCAACUUCAGUGCUGCGCCACUCGGCAGUGAACCAUGUGUGGUUAGCCUUAUGUUUGAAAAUACAGGAACUGUUGCUACAGAAUGGGCAUUCCUGUUCCCCUCUGACUUACACAUGGAGCUAGAAUACUGGGCAGAGACAGGAGAAUUUGAUGAAGAUGAGCUUCAUGAGAUGAAGGUCAUGGACAAUAACCUGUUCACAAUUGAACCAAAGAAAGGUCAGUUACAGCCAGGAGAGUGUGGUACUGUUACAUUCCAGUACAAACAUACUAUGGCUGGAACAGACAGACUACCGGUACUUCUGAAGUUGGCCAGGGGCAGAGAAAUACUGCUGAAUUUUAUUGGUGUGACAGUAGAUCCAGAGAGAAGAUAUAUUCAUUUCCCAUCCAGUAAACAUAUGUUUACACCUGUACCUGUCGGAGAAAAGAUCAGUCCUAAACAGGUGUAUGAGUUAUACAAUGGAGGUGCGUUACCAGUGCAGUACCAGUUUGACCUGACACCUAUGGACCUGAUCAAGCAGGAGAACUUUGACCAGCCUGUCUUUGAAUGUUUGAAUCCUACUGGUGAAAUACCACCAGGCCGCUCACUGAACAUUGAGUGGAGGUUUUCACCUAUAGAAGCCAAGACUUAUAUGGUUGAUGUACCCAUACAUGUACAUAAUGGUGAUACGGCCAUUGUAACAUUUACCGGUGUCGGUUAUGACAAGAGGAUUAUGGGAGAUACGAUGCCGAUGACAGACCAGCAAGACCUGACUGGCGUUCCGGGAGUACAGAGUGUUCCAGUUCCAGGACAGCUUGCGUUUUUGUCCCAGGAGAGAAUAUCAUUUGGCAACCUUCCAUUGUUCUGUCGUGGUCGUAGAAUGGUAUUCAUUACAAACAGAUCUAAAAAUAGACCAGUUUCAUUUGAAUGGCAUGUCACAUGUCCAUCUGAUAGUCAGUAUUUAUCUAUUGCUCCAGUCAGAGGAUAUCUUAAUCCAGGAGAGGGAAAAAUGUGCCGAGUCAUCUUCAUUGCAUGUGGUCAGCCAUCUUUCUAUGACCUUGACCUUGUCUGUGAGGUGACAGACCAGGUAGAGUAUGGAAACUACAAGAUGAAGUUGAAGGAAUGGGACGAUGAGAGGUUGAGACAGAAAUACGAGUUCACGAUCACCGAGAACGAUUUAGAUGCCGACAAGCGUAUUGGCAGUCCUGAAGUCACGGAACGUCCUCUAUCCAGACUAAAGACUUUGGAAGAAGGUGCAAGAACUACAGAAUCUGCUGAUCUAGCUAGAUACAGGACCUUACCACCAAUUAGUAAACUUUCACCAGAUGAGGAGAAGGAAGAGUGUGAACGUGUACGCAGGAAGGAAGAUGUAUUGUGGGAGAAACCAGAACCGCCAACUCCGUUCCUACUCCACCUUGGUCUAACAGCAAGAACACAUGACCUUCGUGCUUUCCAGACUAAUUUCCCAGAUGAACAUAGGAAGUUCUAUGUUGACAGAUGUCUGAGUGACAGAGAAGGACAGAUGGACCAGACCAAGGCUACGGAACAUAAGCAGGAAACAAAGAGGCCGGAAGUUGUUCCAUGCCGCAUAGCUGAGUCAGACGUUAUCUCAAGUGUAAUGGCUAAUGUGCUCAGAGGUUUGCUAGAUGACACAAGUUUCCAUGAGUCAGUGGUCAAGGUGAUGAAAGAUCCUAUUCCACUGUUUGCACAGAUUGGUGAUCGUAAGAUUGUGGAGCCUCCAUCAGGUUCUGCUUCUCCACCAGGUUCACCGGUGGAGAUGACAACAGACUUGGUCACCGAGGUAACAUCAGAGAGAGUAGUUAGUCCGACCACACCCACUUCCAUCAGUUCUGCACCUUCAACUAAAAAGAAGACAAAAAGCAAAUCUACAUCGGCAGCAUCGGAGAGAAGCAAGGCUAGUGGAACUGAAACCUCAAAGACAAGCACUCCAAGAUACACGAAGGCUGAUGUAAAGAGAGUUAAACAGGAGGAAGAUAGAUUAAAACAAAAGCAGGAACUGAAAAAACUGCCGGAGUUUGGAAACGCUGUUGAAGGUAUCAUAGAGAACACGUUACUCAAUGUUUUGUCGGAGGCCCUGGAAGGCGAGUUUAAUAUUACAGCGAGGCCCAGAUUUAUUGCUCUGCCUAAGCGGAGUGGAACCGGAUCAACGAGCAAAGGACCUAAAUCUUAAGCAAAAUAUUUUAAUGAACUAUUAACUGUGUUAAUUGAGAUGUGUUACUGAUGACUCAUUGUCUGAAUGUGAAAUAAAAUUGUGAAAAAAAGGAGAAAGCAUCAUAGUGUUUAUCAUUCUUCAUGGAAGAGUGUAAGCUUAUUAUUAAAGUACAGAUGAAACUCAAAUUCUACAUGACCAAGCAUUUAAUUUUAAAUGACCAAAAUAUUACAUGAAAGUGAUACUCUGUGCACAUUUUGGGAUAGGCUUGUAAAUUCCUUUGAGAUAGGUGAAAUUUUAAGAUAAGCAAGUUGAAGAUGAUGAGUUUUAACUGUUUAUCUGGCUUGUUUGAAUGUGAAAGAGGGACCAUUGAACACUUCAGGUAAAAAUACUAUCUGCUGUAAUUUUCUUUGUUUUCUGUUUUAAGUUAGGUUAUUAUGUAAUAUGCACAUGUUAUUUUAUUUAUCACAUUUUUGCAGAUCUAAAAAUGUUUUACAUAGUAAACUGUUAUCAUGUGGAAUGCAUGAAGUCCAGCGUUUCUAUUUUUUGUAAUCUGCAAAAUAAAUAGUACAUGUGUGUUAGAAAAAUAUGAAUGGAUUCUCAUUAUAUUGUUAUUUAUAUAUAUUAUUCAAAUAUAUUUAAGUAUUGAUCAAUGUUAAAUGAUUUUUAUUAGUCAUGUUUUCCACUUAGGUAUUAUAAUACACAUUCCAGGAUUCCCAGUAUUGAAUAAAUGGGAUCAUUACAAGAUAUCUAAAAAUACAGUAUUUGAAAGCAUUCCAAAUAUGGAUAUGAAUGUCCAUUUAAGGAAAUAUAGGGGUGUUUUUUUUAUAGAAAACUACUAAUAUGCUGUCUGUGAUAAAACAUUUUAUAGAAGUUAUUUAUAUUAUUUCUGUAAACAGUUGCUGUACAUUUAUUUGUCUUAUAUCCACUGUAUACAUGAUAAAUUAUUAAUAUCGCUUGAUUAAAAUUAAGUUUGCUGACAGCUCCAGUCUUUUGUUGACAAUUUUGAGCAAAAAUCCAUCAUGAUGUACAAUACUUGUUUUUAAAGCUCAGUUAUGCAUGAAGUUGUUAAUUACGUCGAAGUAGCUUAAUUUCGCAUUAUCAUAUUUCGUUGAUGCUAAAUAUAGCACCAACGGAAAUAUCCUGUAGCAGACUGGUCUGUGACGGAAGGUUUUCAGUUACGUCAGUGUUGCUAGUUGCGCACGAACUUUAUGAUUGUUGCUAAAUAUAGCACACGUGGAAAUACCUGGCUAAAUAUGGUUCUCUUUUUAGCACAGAAGGAGACCGCAAUAAUUGUGCGUAAUAAUAUGGCGGACGGCAAUGUUUCGCUUAUAUAAACCAUUCCUGUUAAUGCAUUUUCUCGAAUGAAUUUGUAUUUUUCAAGUUGUUAAUUUAUAAAUUGAACUACAAUAUUAUAUGUUUUGAAUAGAGUUCCGUCCAUUUUUUUUAUUUCAUACUGUUUCUGUAAUAUUAUUUGACGUGAUUUAUCAAUUAUUGUAUUAUUAUCAGACAUUUAUGAAUAAAAGAUGUCACUCUUUGAA